AUGGCGCAGCAGCCGACCGAACUCGAUCUCGCCAAACUGGCCCCAGUCGACGACGUAUCUUCCAAAGACUUGGCGACCGGUCAGGUACAGCUCGUUCAACUCGGCCACCAAACUGCUCGCCGCGACAUUGGACUUUUGGGCAUCAUUGCCAUCGGCUUCAAUGUCCCAAACAGUUGGGUGGCCAUUCUUGCGAGCUUCUCCAUCGCCAUCGCUGCUGGAGGCCCGGUCAGUCUCAUCUACGGCACUUUUGUCUCCUGCGCCUUCUACGCCUGCGCCGCCGUCACCCUCGCCGAGCUGGCUAGUGUCUACCCGACUGCGGGAGGGCAAUACCAUUUUACCAGUAUCUUGGCCCCGGAGAAAGCGAAUCGUCCACUUGCAUACGUCUGCGGUAUCCUGUCCAAUCUUUCAUGGACAAUCAACGCAGCAGGUAUUACCCUGAUCGGCAGCCAGCUCAUCACGGCCUUCCCACAAUUCUACAACGGCUAUAUCGCUAAACAGUGGCAUCUAUUCCUUCUAAGCCAGGCCCUUAACCUAUUCGCCCUGUUGUACAACUUGUUUCUGCUCAAGCGCACCAACCGGAUUCAUGAUGCUGCGUUCAUAUUAACUUUGGUGACGUUUGUCGUCUCAUGCAUUACAUGCCUGGCCCGGAGCGAGAAGCAACCGUCUUCCUGGGUCUGGACCAAGUUUGAGGCCAACACAGGCUGGUCCGCCGGCGUAUCAUUCUUGACCGGGCUUACAACGCCGUGCUACAUGUAUGGCGGCCUGGACGCUGCCCUGCACCUUGCCGAGGAGACCCUAAACGCAUCGUAUGCGGUGCCCAGGGCUCUCAUGGCUACCAUCGGCAUCGGCUUCCUCACUGGCUUCGUCUUCUCAGUGGUCAUGGCAUACUGCAUCGUUGACUUGGACAGCCUCCUCGGUGAGACCGUGCCCAUCUACCCGCUCUGGCGCGUUGCCAUGAAGUCUGAUACCGCCGGCACGGUGUUUCUCGUUGCAGUGACAAUUAUCAUAGUCUUUAUCCUCAUCGCUGUACAACAAACGUCAUCCAGACUGCUCUGGUCGUUUGCCUGUGACCGCGGCGUCUUCAUGUCUAAGCAGCUGUCGUCACUAUCGCCGUCUCUUGGCAGCAUCCCAGCAAAUGCCCUGAUGUUCAACUCGAUUCUUGUUUUCAUCUGUGGCUGUCUGUACCUGGGCUCAACCACCGCCUUCAAUGCCCUGGUCAACUCGCUUCUUCUCAUGCAGAUGAUAUCGUUCGCUCUUCCAGCCGCUCUACUUAUAUAUCAGAAGCGCGAUUCCCGGCUGCUCCCUCGGAAUCGACCAUUUAGAGUGCCUGAAGCCGUGGGGUGGUUUUGCAACAUUGGCACCGUGGUGGCAGCGACCGUCGAGACUGUUUUCUUCUCCUUCCCCACCGCUUUACCUGUUUCAGCGGGAACAAUGAACUACGCUGUGGCUGUCCUCGCUGUGAUUGCCAUCUUGGCUGCAAUUAACUGGUUUGCGCACGCAAGAAAACAUUACCAAGGACCAAGAGUGGAGCUUUCUCUUUGA